AUGAACCACCCGAACCUCACGGAUAAUCCCCUUCCCCGUGGGGUUUUGGGUUGGACCAUCGGCAAAUUGGUCAUCGAGGGCUGGCGCGCUCCUGCCCGCCGCGCUCGCCUCUACAAGGCGGCUUCUAUGCCUCCUAUCAUGAUUGAGGACGACGAUGCCUCCGACUCUCCUGAUGCGCUCGACGUCCGGAGGAUACAUGUAUUUCACCACUCCUUCUUUGGCAACGAAGGCACCAGUCGAGCCGUCAACAGAACCCCUCCUGAGACCGCCACGGACUACGUCUACCAUGCCAGGCCCAUCUCUACGUACUUCUCUUCGAAGCCUGCGCCCGCUGCCAUAGCACCGGCUGCCGCUACCGCCGCUGCCGUUUUAAUAAGGUUUACCUCAAGCCAUGACGCUAUGCAAAUCGCACUAUGGUGCGACGGAUCUUACUGCCAGGAGAGUGGGUAG